AUGGCGGCCACACUAGCGACAAUUUCUUCGCAUACUGUGGGCGCUUUCAAUUCCUUAUCUCCCUCACUCAAAGAGCUGGAGCAAUUUGAGGAACGAGGUCGUCGAAUUUUGGAGUGUGAAAUAAAAGUCCGACAUUGGAAAGAGAAACUCGCUUGUUUGAUGAAAGAGCAAGAGAGGUACUACAGAUUGGCCAGACUGCGACGCAGUGCUGAACUCGAGUGGCUUCAACUAUCACAUGUAGAAAAGAUGAAGAAGGAGAAUAUUAUUGCUGCAUUUCAGUCCGACAAAAUCCCGGCAGGCCUGCAUCGUUUUGUGGAAGACGACUUUCCAUUGCACAUUCGGUCCGACAGAGAGAUAUUCCUGGCUCGGGUGCGUCGCAAGGAUUUUGGGUAUUUUGACACUCUAAGAUACAGCAUUAGGUCCUUAAUUCCACCAGCGCUGCACGGAGACAAAGAAGUCAUGUUGGAAUGCGUCCAACGGAAUGCUCGAGCUGUGGAAUGUUUGACAGAUGAUUUGAAAGACGACAAGGAUAUGUUCCGCGCGGUUCUCAAGACCAGCCCUCUGGCGCCGAAAUUUUUACUUCUUUUUUCAGAGGAGGUGCGGUCAGAUCCUGUCCUUGUGCUCCAAUUAUUUCACCAUCCAGACGUAUCGCCAUCCCAUGGGAAGCCAAAGACACAAGUUAUGAGGUAUGCCUCGCAGCGCUUGAGAGGCGAUUAUGAUUUUGUCUUACAAUGUGUCCAGAAGUCAGGGUUGAACUUACGACAUGCUUCAGACAAUCUUCGCCGAGAUCCAAGAAUUGUUGCUGCAGCCUGUGCGGAGAAUAGGGAAGCAAUUGCACAUUGUUUGCCUGAAGCCAUUGUUGACGGCAUGUGGGAGCAUAUUGAUAUCGCCAAGGCCGUAGUCACACAACCUGAUCUUGAUCUAGCCAUGAAGUGCAUGGAAAGGUAUAAUGGCAACCAUGAGAUAUUAUCCCUUGCACUGUUUCACUUGGAAAUCGAAUGGGAUAUGUUACCUGAGGAAUUGCAAUCCAAUGUUGAUUUCAUCCUCCGUGCGAUAAAACUUCAACCAGAAAAAGUGUGGUAUUCUCUCUCAAAAGAGAUGCGCGACGAGCUUCGUGUAGGAUCAGAGAUGCUCAAGAACAAGAGUUGCACAGAAGAGAUGAUUUGGGAUGUGAUAGAAGAAUGCCCCGACGUGUUGUUCAGUCGCGAAUGCGUGAAAGCCUUCCUUAUGAAUCAUAGUCACCUUACAAGUGCGCUUGAAUAUAUCAGUGGGAUAACAGAUGUAAAUAUUUGGAAUGACAGGGAAAUGAUGCUGGUGGCAAUAUCGCAGAACCAUUGGCAUUGGGAUGGGUGCUCUGAGGUGCUUCGACAGGACAGAGACUUCAUGCUCGAACUUGCCGAAAAAUGUCCGUCAGUGUUCGUAUGUGUCGAAGAUGAAUACCAAAUGCAGCACCCUGAAAUGGUAAUCCGGGCGCUACAGAAACACCCCGAAUACCUGAAAGAGAGGUUCGAUGAUUUCUGUCCAGAGUUAUGGGAAAAUAGGAAGGUCGUUAUGGCUUGGCUAGAGAUUGGUGGUGGCUGGUCCGAGCAUUUCUUUCCAGAGGAGUUUAGCAACGAUGAAGAACUAAUUUUGAUGGCAAUACAGCAUCAGUUGGAAGACAUCGGUAUGGCUUCUGAUGAAUUAUUGGAAGACGAGUUAUUCAUCUCGAAAGCUUUGGCCGUAAAUGCGAGCAUUAUUGAACGCGUUAACCCAAUCCUAAUUUGGGAAGAGGAUUUACUCAUGGUGGCAAUCAGCAAAGAUGCCCAUUGCAUUGGCUACUUUUUGGAAGAAUUUGAAGAUACCGGGACCCUCGUUUCGUUCGCUCAAAAGGUACGGCAUAAACUGCGCGAGUACUGGACCUUCCACAAUGAUGUCCUUCCAUCAAUGAGGGCAUCUUCAAAAGAACAGAAUGAUUGUUUUCUACCUAUGCUGAAUCAAGGGCCAGCCACCCUGGCCACAUACAUUGACAAGAUCUCCUCAUAUGUCGGCAUGAUGGACGAGGGAGAAAUCCCGACCUAUAUAGCUGCUUCCAAUCAUCUUGCUUCAUGGGGACUGUGA